GCGCCGCGGACUUUUCGGCCUUGCUCGGACGCCGUAGCGCCGGGUUGUACCACCACGGCGACAGGGGGGCUAUUGGGAUGCUGCAACGGGAGGGCCGGGUCUAGGAGCACGGAGUGGGGGCGAGCAGAGAACACCGCUGCUUAAGGCUUGCACGCCAGACGCCGCCAUGAUCAUCCCGGUUCGCUGCUUCACCUGCGGGAAGAUCGUCGGCAACAAAUGGGAAGCCUACCUGGGUCUGCUGCAGGCCGAGUACACCGAGGGAGACGCCCUGGACGCUCUGGGCCUGAAGCGCUACUGCUGCCGCCGCAUGCUGCUGGCACAUGUGGACCUGAUUGAAAAGCUGCUGAACUACGCGCCCCUAGAGAAAUGACUGCUGAGCUUCCCCUCCUCUGCCACUGACCACGGGCACUCUGCUGAAUUCAAACUGAGGUGUUGGGGAGGUGGGUGCAGGGCCUGGCUAUGGCCCCGUGGUUAAGUCCCCUCGCCCUGGAAGGAACUGUUCAGUAAAGACUUUGGCAGAACCACCAACUGGUCAAAUCUGUAAGGUUCUC